AGUAGUAUCAAAAUAAUAUUUAAAAUGGAGCUGCUAAAAAUAUUAACUUUAUUGUCUGUGAUCACAUAUACAUUUUGUGUAGACCAUGGUAAUUUUAAAACAUGUGCACAAUCGAGCUUUUGCAGAAGAUGUCGUGAAAUGGAACCAAAUAAGUCUCCAUACGUUUUAAAUUUCCCAUCAGCACAAAUAACACCAAACUCAGUACACGUAGAAUUGUGGAAUAAUGAAGAACAAGUAGUUUUUAAUUUAACUCUAUCUGCAUUAGUUGAUAAUACAUUCCGUUUACAAGUUGAGGAAGCUUCACCAUUACGUGAUCGAUUCCGUUCACUUUACGCAUUAAAAUCAGAUCCAGUUCUUGCUCAAUUAGAAAUGGUUUCACGUAAUGAAGAUGAAAUUACAAUAAAGAAUGGUGAUAAUGCAGUGAAGCUUAUUAGAAGCCCAUUUCGAAUUGACUUUUUUUCAGAUACAGAAUUUGUAGCUUCGGUAAAUGCACGAGGUCUAUUUAAAUUUGAACAUUAUCGUAAAAACGAUCAAAGUGAUCCUGCUGCUAAUGACGCAGAAAAUGCCGAUGCCAAUAGUGAAAAAAAGAUAACAGAUCCUGGAGCAUGGGAAGAAAAUUUCAAAUCAUUUAGAGAUUCAAAACCAUUUGGACCAUCUGCUGUUGCUAUGGACAUUACAUUCCACGGUGCUUCACAUGCAUAUGGUAUCCCUGAACACGCUGAUAGUCUGGCAUUAAAAGAUACCAAGGAUAAAACAGAUCCAUUUCGACAUUAUAAUUUAGAUGUAUUUGAAUAUGAAUUAGAUAGUCCAAUGGCUAUUUACGGUGCAAUUCCAUUACUUUACGCUCAUGGACCGAAACGAACAACGGGUGUAUUUUGGAAUAAUCCAUCAGAAACAUGGAUUGACAUAAAAUCAUCAUCAAAUUCUGAAAAUAAUGUAAUGAAUUCGAUUGUAAACUUUGUAUCUGGGCGUUCAAGUGAUGGCGAAGAAAAUAAAGAUAAAACAGUUGAAUCACAUUUUAUGUCUGAAAGUGGUGUGAUUGACGUUUUUUUCUUGCUUGGUCCUAAUCCUAAAGAUGUCAUUAGGGAGUACGCAAGAUUAACAGGAGUUUCACCCAUACCACAAUACUUCGCACUUGGAUAUCAUCAAUCAAGAUGGAAUUAUAACGACGAAGAUGAUGUAAUGUCUGUUUCUGAUAAUUUUGAUAAUUCUGACAUCCCAUUGGAUGUUAUUUGGUUGGAUAUUGAAUAUACUGAUCAUAAAAAAUAUUUCACUUGGGAUCCAAUACGUUUCGCACAUCCACGAAUUAUGCAACAAAAUUUAACAUCUCAAGGACGUAAAUUGGUUGUAAUUAUUGAUCCACAUAUAAAAAGAGAAAGCGGCUAUUUUCUACAUGAAGAUGCGUUAGCCAAUGAUUAUUAUGUUAAAAAUGCGGAAGGUGCAGUUUAUGAAGGUUGGUGUUGGCCAGGUUCAUCUAGUUAUUUGGACUUUUUAAAUCCAGUAGUUAUGUCAUACUACAGCUCAUUAUAUAGCUUAGAUAAAUUCCCAGAAGCAACAAACGAUAUGUACUUAUGGAAUGAUAUGAAUGAACCAAGUGUAUUUAAUGGUCCAGAAAUAACAAUGCCUAAAGAUUGUAUACAUUAUGGUAAUUGGGAACAUCGUGAAAUUCAUAAUACAUACGGAUUGUUACAAGUGAAAGCAACGUAUGAUGGAUUGAUAGCACGAAGCAAAGGUACAAAACGACCGUUUAUUUUAACACGUUCAUUCUUUGCCGGAUCUCAACGUUAUGCAGCUAUGUGGACUGGGGAUAAUUCAGCCGAAUGGUCACAUUUAAAAAUAUCAAUACCAAUGUGCUUGAGUGUCAGUAUUGCUGGUAUGCCAAGUUGUGGGGCAGAUGUUGGUGGUUUCUUUAAAAAUCCUGAUAAUGAAUUAAUGAUUCGUUGGUAUCAAGCUGGAGCAUUCUUACCUUUCUACAGAGCACAUUCUCAUAUUGAUACUAAACGACGUGAACCGUAUUUGUUUCCACCAGAAGUUCGUAAUUUACUUCGAGAUGCCAUUAGAAAACGUUAUGUCUAUUUACCGCUUUGGUACACAUUGUACCAUGAACAUGAAAUAUCUGGCCUUCCAGUCAUCAGACCAUUAUUUAUGGAAUAUCCAAGUGAUCCUGCAGUAUCCACUAUUGAAUCUACUUAUAUGGUCGGGUCGUCAUUGCUAUGUUCUCCUGUAACAAGCGCUGGUGCAAGCAGUGUCGAUGUAUAUUUCCCUGGUGGAAGUGAUGAAUUGUGGUACGAUAUUGAUACAUACAAACAAUAUAAGGGUGAAGGCACCGUUACAGUCCCAGUAGAUAUGGCAAAGAUUCCAGUCUUCCAAAAAGGUGGUACCAUCAUCCCAACAAAGCAACGUUACCGACGUUCGCUAACUCUAACUCACGAUGAUCCUUAUACAUUGAUUGUAGCUCUUGAUUCUAAGGGUGAAGCGAAUGGCACAUUGUACAUUGAUGACAAUGAAAGUUUCGAAUAUCAAAAAGGAAAAUAUUUAUAUUUGAGUUUCACUUUUAAAAAUAAUGUGCUCACUGCAAGACGGAUUGAUCAAGAUGCCACGUAUCCAGCUAAUUCUUGGAUAGAACGUGUUAUAGUAAUAGGUUACUCCAAAUCCGCACCUGCUGCAGCUUCAUUAAAAAUUGAUGGUAAAAAAGAUAUUAUCAAGUUACCAGUUACGUUAGAUGAAACACGUCAACAUAAAACAUUAGUUGUGAAGAAGCCGGCUGUCAAAAUGACUCAAACAUGGUCAAUAACCCUUUAAAAACAAAAUUUAAAAAAUUAUUUAUUCCAUAAGCAUUUUUUUUAAGAACUCAUUGUAAAAAAGCAUAAUAAAAUAGCUAGACAUUUUUUAAUA